GGGAAGGGCACAAAGGCUGUUUAUAAAAGGAGCUCUUGCCCAGUGCUGUAACACAGAUGCCUCUGUGGUGGGACAGCUGGUUGUACAACCCUCAUUUACCUGGCACUAAGUUGCAUCCCCUUCCGGAGUAAACCUGCUAUUUGUAUGGGGAUUCUUUGCCCAGUUCUGAUAUACAGUUUCUGGAGUGGGGCAAUAGUUUCUGGAGUGGCUCAGAAAGCAGUGUGUAAUCUGGCUGGACUCUGAUGUGACGUCUAUGGGGGCUUUUAAUGCCUUGAGGGUAGGAAUGGGGGAUGGAGGAUCAGUGUCUCUGUUUGAUGUCACAGGAAACCACAUAUCCACUUCGCAGCAGCUGCAGAGGCUGAUACAGGGGUUGGGUUCAGGAUCCCUGAUGCAGUCAGUCAGCCCAGUGGGAAAAGCUGCCCCCAGAGCAACCUCUCAAUCCACAACUGGGAGUUAGGGUGACACAAGUGGGAGAGGAACCCCAGCAGAGACCCCAGACCAUGCUGUGCCCCACCUCACCUCACCUAGCCCUCCUGGCCCUGCUCUCUGUGGCUGGCGCUGUGGGUCAGGGGGAGCCAUGCCCGUCCGAGAUGAACCUGAUCAAGGACCGACUGCAGGUCAAUUGCUCUGGGCAGGGGCUCAGUGUGGUGCCACUUGCCCUGCCCAGGAACACUGGCAUCCUGCUGCUCAGCACCAACCGCCUGGCAUCCGUCUCCACUGCCUCCUUCCAGCACCUUCCUGAGCUGGCUGAGCUGGACCUAUCAGGCAAUGUACUGGGUGUGCUGCACACUGUGGCCCCCCUGCUCUUGCUGCAGGAGCUGAUUCUGUCCCACAAUGCCCUGGAGGUACUGCCCACACUGCAGGGCCUGCCUGCCCUCACCCGCCUGACCCUGGCUCACAACAACAUUUCAGAGCUGCUGCCAGGGGCCUUCCGGGAUGUGGGGAAGCUGACAGAGCUGAAUCUACGGGGAAACCAGCUGCGGACGCUGCCAGAAGAGGCCUUUGAGGGCCUGGCAGGGUUGAAGGACCUGGAUCUGUCUGAUAACACCCUGGAGGAGCUGCCACAGGGGCUGUUGGCUGGGCUGGAGCUGAACACACUGUGGCUGUCAGGGAAUCAGCUCCGCACUCUGCCCAGUGGCUUCUUCCCCGAGGGGCACAUGUUCGCCUAUGUCUACCUAGCAGGGAACCCCUGGCGCUGUGACUGUGGCCUGGCUUAUCUGCAGGAAUGGAUCGUGGACAAUGUCAUCAGCAUCUACAUCCAGGAGCAGAAGUCAGACGGGCUGCUGACUCAGAAUGAUCCCCAAAGCCCUGUGUGUGAUUCGCCCCUCAGACACCAUGGGCGCCCUGUCAUCGAGUUCCAGCAGGUCUGCGGAAAACCAGGGGACACAGACUUGGAUAUUGAUGGGACAAUGACAGAGGAGGGAACCCCUGUGCCCUCCACUACUGUCCCCUCCACCACCCUGCCCCCAACCACUCCUGUGCCCCCCACUACUGCCCCCUGUACAACCCUGCCCCCAACCACUCCUGUGCCCCCCACUACUGCCCCCUCUACCACCUUGCUCCCAACCACUCCUGUGCCCCCCACUACUGCCCCCUCCACCAUCCUGCCCACAACCAUCACCACACCCCCAACUACUGCCCCAGAAUCUGCAUCCCCAGCACCCCCAUGGCUCCCCAGCACCCCCAUGACUCCCACCACAACCCUUAUCCCCUCACUUCCCUUCUAUACCAGCCCUCUCCACAUCACCCCCUGCCACCAGCCAUCCCCUCCGAUGGGGGCUCCUCGCCUCUGCACAUGCCCCACCCCACCCCCAACGAUGCCCGUGCCUGGGCGUCAGAAGGGCAGGGAGGGCCCACAGUGGGUCCACUGGGUGCUAGCCCAUUGCUGCCUGCUGCACCUGAUGCUCUACCUAGCCUCCUUGCUGCUGCUGCUGCUGCCCAUGCUGGCUCUCGUGGGCUGGAUGGGCUGGGUAUAUCUGGGCUGGUAUCGCCCAGCUCUGAGGGGUUUCCCGGGGGCACGGCUGGUGCGGUACCAGCUGCUGAGAAAGGGGGAGGGGGCAGCGCCCCCCAUGAUGCAUCUCAGCAGCUUCAAGAGCCCCAUAGAGCCCCCAACCUUCCGCACCACCAAGGAACUGCGGAUCCACCGUGACCCCCCUGUGCCUUCAUUCCGACGUGUUACCAGGAGGCUGCUGAGUGUGGGGGGGCUGGGCCCCUGGCGGGCUCCCUCCGCCUACAGCCUAGACAGGGGGGAAGCAGCUAUCGGGGCUGUCAGGGUGAAAUAUGCAACCGCCACCCUCUAAUGGGGGCAGGACACCUGGGUUCUACUGCUGGGACUAGGGAGGAGGGUCCUGUGGGCUUGUCAGGACACCUGGGUUCUAGUUCCAGUUGUGUUGCUGUGACCUCACCCACUGUGCACCAGGGACAAGAUUCCUCCCACUGCUGCAGGAGCUGAGAGGCUCCCUUAAUAUAUGUAGAACCCAGGAGUUCUGACUCCCAGAUGCAUCUCCUGCCUCAGACCAAUGGGAUCUUCUAACCCUGUAUAGCUCCUCCAUGCAUACACCUGUUGCAGGGGCCAGAUCUGGAAUAACUGUCCAGAGCGGCAGUUUCCCCCUAAAACCAGGCAGUUCAGGGCUGGCUGGUGCCCUGGCAGAGCCCUGUAGAUAUUUCCUCCACUCUGUAUGAAGUCUCUUGUUGUUCUUAUAAUCCACAUAAAUUCUGAUCCUGCUUUGAAUCCUGUGGCAGGCAGUUCCAUUGGCUAAUCACAGAAUAAAAACCUUUCCUGGAUGCAACUAGGUCACAGUUCAAAAACACUAGGCUGCUAGUGGUCUUUGCUGGAGGUGAAUAAUGAUGCUCAGUUUUGCAUGCUCCCGCUAGAUGGGAAAAGCCUCAUAUCCUAUUCCCUGACCUGUCUGAGCCAGCCAAUUCCCCUGCCUUGUGGGUGGAUCAGAGACCACAUGCUCUAGAGAGAAAAAAACGCAUAUCCCGAUCCCCACCACUCUGAGCUGACUAGAUCCCUUCCCAUGGGGUUACAUCAGCCAGUGCCCUCUAGAGAGGAAAUGCCUAAUCUCCCACCGCUCUUAGCCAGCCAAUUUCCCACCCUGGGGCUGGAUUGGAGCUGGCGCCCCCUAGAAAGGAAAGACCCCAUGUCCUACUCCCCACUCCCAUCAGCCUGCCAAUCUCCUGCCCUGAGGCUAGAUCAAAGCUGGCACCCACUAGAAAAGAAAGGCUGCAUGUCCCACUCCCUGCUGCCCUGAGCCAGCCAUUCUCCUGCCCUGGGGCCAGAUGGGAGCCAAGGACAAUGCCCCCUAGAGGGGAAAUGCCUCAUCUCCCAGACCUCAGCACUCUAAGCUGGCCAGUUCCCCCACCUUGCAGCUGAUUUGCAGCAGCAUCUUAUAGGAAAGAGAAGAGUGGAUAGUUGUAUGAUUGUUUAAUGGCUUUGAGUUCUGGUUCCAUUUCCCAUAUAAGUGUCUGAUUUCCCACAUCAUUCGAAUGCACUAAACUGCGGCUAGAGCACUUUGUAAUUUCUACUUCCUCUGUAACUAACACACACAAAUAUAUAACCCAAACCCCAUUUCAUAUAGGAGAGCUCCUUGAUGGUCUUAAAGAGAAAUCACAGAUCGUUUUGUGGAGAUGUGAGGAGUCUACAAUUUUUGUUUGUUUCUCCUGUCUUUCAGUGUCAGCGCUAGAGCAAAUUACAGUCCAGGUUUAAGGGGCAUUGCUGUAGUAUAGGGUCACAUGCCAAAUCUGUCCCAAUGACACAAGAAGGAAUCCAGUUACUUUAGCAGCCAAUCCCUGUAACCACACAACUCCUUUGAAGGAAAAGAGAGCUCAUAAUAUGAGAAGGGGAGAUCAAAUCAAAGAAUUGGCAACAAAAGUUUAUCUGGAAUGAAAUAAAAAUGAACACCCGGGAAGUAUAUUGUAUAUUCAGAUUUCAUUCAAAUUUUAGAACAUAGUUUUCUCCAAUUCUAUGGGAGAAUGAGACUUCAUGAUUUAAAAUUUUAUAUACCACAAGAGACAUAAACCCACAGGUGGUUUCUCUAAUGUACUGAUUAGCAUCUUGGUCUGACAUCUGACAGGUCCCUGGUUUGAAACAAAGCAGAGAUGACACAUUUUCCUUAUUUUUUUCAAUUGCUCUUGCUUUAAAUGUAGUCUAGUAUUUAAUUCUUCCCAGCUCAUUGAGGUCAAAAAUCAUAAUCACAUAAGGAAAAUGUCAUGACUAUCCUAAAUGCAUGGACAAUACAUUAGUCCAUCUUGCUCAGUUUAUGCUAUUAUAGUGGUCGGUAGCAAGCUGAGUGAUCCUGAUGGGAUGACUGUAGAUAAUAUUUUCCGGUCGUGUUCCCACAGUGACGUUCUCAGAUGACCAACAUCCCCCAUCUUUGGAAGGAAUAAAGUGCUAACAUUUGGAUCUGAACUUGGAAACCCAGCCUUUAAUAACAGGAAGUUCAAGUCUGGAAUACAUUUUUACAAUUGGUAUAAGAUUCACAAUGUCACAAUAACUGAAAUUGCUUUGUCCUUAUCGUUUGCCUAGCAUAGAAAUAAAUGUCUUUAAAUGUAAA